AUGGAUGCUCCCGGGCGCCGCUUGCUCCUCCCGCGGCUGCCGCCGCCGCUGCUGCUGCUGCUGCUGCUGGCCGCCCUGGCAGAGGCCCGAGAGGUCCACCUCCCUGCGGGGCCCCUGUACCGCGUGGAGGGCACGGUCGUUUCCAUCCCCUGCAACGUCACGGAGUACGAGGGACCCACCCUGCAGCAUUUUGAGUGGUUCCUGUACCGCCCGUCGGCUCCGGACAUCUCCAUCGGCGUGAUCAGCACCAAGGACCCCACGUUCCCCUACGCCAUCUUUGGGGCCCGGGUGCAGGCGGGAGAGGUGUCUGUCCGUCGGCUCCGGGGGGACGCCGUGGAGCUGCGCAUCAAGGAGGUCCGCGUGGCGGACAUGGGCACCUACGAGUGCUACACGCCGAGCACGGAUUCCAAAUACCAUGGCGCCUACAGCGGCAAGGUGGAGCUGAGAGUGCUGCCCAACAGGCUGUCGGUGGCCGCCGCCCCCCCACCCCUGGAGCCCCCUCCCCGGAGCCGGGCGGCCACGGGCGCUGCCCUUGCGCAGGUGACGGUCCUGGAGGGCCGGGAGCUCCGGCUGGCGUGCCUGGCGGCGAGCGAGACCCAGCAGCACACCCACCUCGCGGUGUCCUUCAGUGUCUCCGCGCCCCCCGGUGCCAGCGAGCCGCAGGAGGUGAUCGGCGUGCGGCGAGAUUUCGCCGUGGAGGCCGGGGGGCGUUUCUCGGAGCGGCACGGCGCCCAGGAGCUGUCGCUGGCCAAGCUGGGCCGCCAGGAGUACCGGAUGUCUCUGGGCUGGCUGCAGCCCGAGGACUCCGGGAGGUACCACUGCACCGCGGCCGAGUGGAUCCAGGACCCCGACGGCAGCUGGCAGAAGAUCGUGGAGAAGCGGCUGGCGCUGGCCCAGGUCACCGUCCAGCCCCUCGCCGGCCAGCUGGCCGUGUCCGCCAGCCCCGCCAGUGUCCGCGCCAUCUCGGGGGAGGCCCUGGAGCUGCUCUGCAACGUGUCCGGGCCGGCGGCCCUCCUUUCCGCUCCUGCGGCCCUUUCGGUGGGCUGGGAGCUGAGCGGCGGAGCCGGUCCGGAGGGGCGCCUCGUGGCGCAGCUGGAGGUGGACGGCACGGUGGUCCUGGGCGAGAGCUACGCCAACCCCCGCGUGGGAAGGAGGCACGUGUCCCUGCGGAAGCUGCCCUCCCCCCCGGGCUGCUACCUGCUCCGGAUCGAGGCGGCCCAGCCGGGGGACGCGGGCGCCUACCGGUGCGUGGUGCAGGUGCUCGUGCGCGCCCCCAGCACGGAGCUCCGUCGCGUGGCCACCGCCCGGUCCGAGGCGGUGGCGGUGGACGUGGCGUCGAAAGCCGUGGUCCUCGGAGCCGUCGCCUGGCUGCCCUCGCCCACCAUCUACCGCGGCGACACGGCGGAGCUGCGCUGCAACGUCUCCGUGGCCUCGGCCGAGGCCGUCCGCCUCGCGCUCAGUUGGUGGGUGGAGGCCGAGCCGCAGGGCGCCAUGCUGGCCGCCGUCAGCCGUGAGGGAGUGGCCGCCUUCGGGCCCCGGGCCUCGGGGGGCGCCGUGAGCGUGGACAAGGUCGGGCCCCGGAGCCACCGGCUGCGCCUGCACGGGGUGCAGCCCUCGGACGGCGGGAGGUACCACUGCGCCGUGACCGCCUGGGUGCGCUCCCCCGACCUCAGCUGGUACAACGCCGGCUCCGUCGAGUCCAACGCCGUCUCCAUGCACCCAUACGCGCUGCCCAUGGACACCCUGUUCGUCCCGCUCCUGGUGGGGGUCUCCAGCGCCCUCUUCACUGGGGUGACCAUCCUGGUGGCCGUCACCUGCUGCUUCAUGAAGAGGCUCCGCAAGAGGUGAAGGCGGCUGC